AUGACCUUAAUCGUCGAAAGUCUGCCAGAUGAGCCGUUGUUCCAUCAUAUGCUGGGGGCUUUCACGGCUAACCCUGAUUAUCUUCUGUUCAAUGACAGGAUAAAAGGCACCGAGGCAAGCUGUAUGCAGUUGCUGACGGAUAUGCUCUACAUGCGUCGUCAAAUCGUCCAAACAUUGCCGACCUCGAUGUUUGACUCCCGAAACAUGAUCAUCCCACAAAGACCAUUCAUUCUGGUCCUGGCGCCAGGAAACUACGACUUUGUUGUUGCAUCCUUGGGUGCUCUCUGCUGCGGUGCAGCCUUCUCGCCAAUGUCGAGUAACUUGAGUCCAGAGGAAGCCGUCUACAUUGUGGAACUCUCAAAUGCGUCCUGCCUCCUCUUCGCUUCGGAAUUCCAACAUCUAGCAUUGGCAAUCCAGCAGCGCGCUGCUAUCCAGAAGCAUGGAGGUCGCCCGUUAAUCACCAUCCAGAUCGACGCGUACAACAAAUCGCCAACCCCGAGCCCCCAGAUCAAAAUUGACCCCGAGAUGUCAAUGGAUCCACAGAGUGCCGGUGUGCUUGUUUUCACAUCUGGCACGACUGGGCCCCCAAAGGGGAUUAUCCGCCCCCGGAGUAUUUUUUACGCUGUCCCGAGAUCCUUCCCAAGCGGCGGGGUCGCAUUGUGCUUCCGGCCUGUAGUUUGGGGUGGUAUUGCCCUGCCUCUAAUAUGGCGGUCCAUUAAUGGAACCCGGAAUGAGAUUAUCAGGGACAAUAUGUGCGAAGUAUGGGAACGAUUGAGGACAGGCGAUGUUACUGAUUUGAAGAUCUCGCCACCUAAGUGGAGAAGUUUUAUGCAAUACUUCAAUGAGCAUAUAGAUGUGUUGCCAGCCGAGCAGAGAAAGCAAUACGUCGAUGGAGCACGGGCGUUAAAGAAGCCCGUUGUCACAGGUGACUUCCUGGGGCCGAAGAUCAUGGAGUUCUUCCGGGAGCUUCUUGGGCGUCCGCUCAUUAAUAUCUACGGCGCAACGGAGAUGGGUGUUGUGAUUGCCACUACGGAUGACUGUAAUUCGAAUUUGGAGCGGUGCAUUGGGAAGCCACGGGACCAAGUGCAGGUGAAACUGUCUGAAGGGGAUCAUGGAGAUAUCUUGAUCAAAGGCCCGAUGAUGUUCACAAGAUAUCUUGGAAAUGAAGCUGCAACACGGGCUGCCUUUGAUGAGGAGGGAUACUUCCGAACUGGCGAUAUUGGACAUCGAGUCGGGGACCAGUACAUUCUUGAAGGUCGAUCAUCAACUGAUGUCAUACGGUGUCGUGGGCUUCUGAUUCCUAUUCAAGAGGUAGAGGCGCGACUGGCUGAGCUUCCAUAUAUUUCGGAAGUAUAUGUCGUUCCAGUAGAGUUCGACUACACCCGAAAGAUUGCUGCUCUAGUUCGAUUGACAACUUUAAAACACCGGCCAAAUCUCUCGAAAAUUCGAGGAGAUCUGCAAGACAGGCUUCAGAAGUAUAAGCAUCCGUCACUCCUGCGGAUAUUGCAAAACGGUGAACAGAUAUUGCCAUCAGCCGCCGGAAAGGUGAUGCGAAAAGCGAUUGCAGAGAAGUAUUUUUAUGUGUCUGAGGAGGGUACACUACCAUCGGAGGUGGAGUCCUGGAAUGGAAAUUCCAAAGACAUUGAUGGUCCUCGAAAAGCGUGGGACGGGGCUGGGUUGGCGUGA